AUGGUAAGUUUAUCAUUGUUUUUAAUUUUUUUCUUUUUUUAUGCUUUUAUGUAGUUUUCCUAGACGUGAUCUCAACAUUUCAUUAUCGUUGCAUUUAUUUGGAUGCACAUACAAAAAUAUUAAAAACCAUGUGACAUAUAUUUCUGAAAAUUGUAAAUACUUACUGUACUGUGUCUGGUGUAACACGAUAAAUUGCUAAUCUAUGAAAAUAAUUGUCGAGAUUUUUCUGCCCUGAUCUGGUUAUAAUAUAUUAUAUUUUGUAAAUUUGUAUACAUUUAGGUCUAAAGUCUGUAGUUUUCUUUUUACAUACUUCUCUCGUUAUUUAUAAAAGGACAUUAGAUUUAAAUUGUGAUUUAACACGUAAAUUUACUCCGAUAUAAUCUUAAUAUUGUCUGUUUACCACUACUAAUUAUUACUUUUUAGGUCAAAUCUGAAACUAUUUAUUGAAGUCAUAUCUAAUAUUUUGUUAUAGACUACCAGUAAGAAAAAGACCAGGAAGUUGCGUGGGCACGUCAGUCAUGGACAUGGUCGUGUAGGUAUGUAUUGAGAAGUAUAGCUAAGUGUUCCCAGUGCUGUAAUCGUAAAAAAGCAAGAGGGUAUAAGUUAUAACCAUACUAUAAUUAGGUAUAAGUGUAAUGUAUGUAAAUGCAUUGUCUAACCUAUUGUUUUAUUAGAGGGUAUAAAUAGUAAAUAACUUAUGUUUUCUUAAUCAACUAAAAAUGAAAAUAAUAAUUUCAAUAUAUUUUGUGAUUUUACUAUGGCAUAGUAUACAACCAUAACCAGAAGGUAUUCAGCGUAUACCGCCUUAAAUUCUCCACUACAGCCCUAAGUGGUCAUUACUACAUAAUUUAAUAACAUUACUUCUAAUGUAGGUACUUGGUUAUAAUAUUUAAAAUCUAUAACUAAAUCUAGUUUACCAGGUGCCUCUUAUUUUUAAAUUUUUUUUUUUUUUUUUUGAAAAAUUGUGUUUUGACUGAUUUUAAGUGUUAGAAAUUUUUUAGGGAAACCAUUAUUAAGGAAGUUAUGGACUUAAUAACUUAAACUUUAAGCUUUUGAAGUUUGUCGUUGGUUUCUUUUAAAUAAUUGUUUUUCAAACAAUUUUUUUUUUACAUUUGACCGUAUUAUUAAGUUUGACAUCUACUAAUCUUAAAAAAUUGUUGCACCUUUUUUUUGUAUAUUAACAAGCGUCAAACAUUUUGAUUUUUCCAUGAGGUUUACCCCAAUCAUUUUUUUUCAUGUUAUCUACCUAAUUUUGCAAUGUCAAUGUAGGGUUUUAUUCAUUUAAAAUAUUCUGAGCACAGCAACAUUUAUACCCUAAUUACGACAAACUUCCAUAAUUUACCAAUGGUUUCUUGAAAAAUUUCAUGAAUAAUGUUAUAUGCACCAUUUGAUCAACAAAAUAAACAUUUCUAGUGUUUUGUUAUAUAGUGUGUGCUAAAUUAAAGUGAUUUUUUUCUUUAUUUAUAAUUUAUUUUAUUUUAUAAUUUAAAUUGAUGAAAUUUAAUAUACACUUUAUAUAAAUAAAUACCUUUUAAUUUAAAAGUGCUUUCAAUGUGAUGAUAAUAAAGUUUAGCGACUGGCGGUCUGAAGUACAACUUUUAUGUGGCUAAUUUAUUUCUGAUUGUUUGUUACUUACUAUUAUAAUUAUAUUAUAUAUAUUUUCAUUCAGUUUUUUAUCAUGUCUAAUUGAUUUUCAGGUAAGCAUAGAAAGCAUCCUGGAGGUCGAGGUAAUGCUGGAGGUAUGCAUCACCACCGAAUUAACUUCGAUAAAUACCAUCCUGGUUACUUUGGAAAGGUAACAAGUACAUUUAUUUUAUAUAACCGCAACUUUUGUAUGAUUUUUAUCAUUUACAAAUAAUGAGUUUUUAUUUAUAGUAAAAUACAAACUUUUCUGUGUUAUGAAUUAUUAGGAUUUACUAUAGACAUAAGCACAUGGAACACAUUGGUAAAAAAAUAGUCUUAUUUUCUUUCAAAAAUUUGAUAUUUUUUUUUCUCUUUACAUUUAAAAUUGAAAAACAUUUUAAUGUUCAUAAAUUAAGUAUUAUUUUAAUAUUUAUUAAUUUGUUGUAUUGUUAAUGCUUUUGUAAAUAAUAAUUUGAUUAUUAUUGAUUCAAUUUCAUAAUUUUACAUUUUCUACUAGAAAUCUUACUUUAAAUCAAGAAAUCAAAAAAUGAUUCUGUCCAUCCUAUCCAUUUAUUCUGUGCAUUUUUUUUUUUUUUUUUUUAUAUAUAUAUAUAUAUAUAUAUCUAAAUUUGGCCAAAAAUGAUAACUGAUAAGUUUGAAAUAUUACGAUCUUUAACUAUAUUACUAUACAUACAAUUUACAAUAUUAUAUAUAUAUAUAUAUACAUAUAUACAUAACAUUUUUGUAUAUAUAUAUAUAUUGAAUUAAAAUGUGUAGUUUUUUGUUUACAUGUAGUAUUACAUACCAUAUUUUUCCCAUUUAUUGAAAAAAUGAAAAAUCUUAAUUUAUAUUUAAAUAGUUUCCUAGUUUUUUUAGUUUAAUGUGCUUUGGAGGCAUUUGUCUGAGAGAGAAAUCUUUCAAAAUGUCUAUAUUUCAGAAGCUGUUGUAAAUUAUUGCUAAACUGCCACUCAUAGAUUAUUAUUUUAAGAGAUAAUGCUAACAACUAUUAUGUAUUAUAAAUAAUUUAUUUUCAAUUAUUAUACUAACACAUGUUGCUUUUAUUUCUGUAGUUGGGUAUGCGUAAUUACCAUUUAAGAAGAAAUUCGAAAUGGUGUCCAGCCAUUAACAUUGGUCAACUAUAUACACUAAUCCCUGAAGAGACUAGGUUGAAGUAUGAAAAAGAUACAGAAAAGGCAGUUGUUAUCGAUAUUGUUAAGAAGGUAAUAUGGUUAAUAAUAGUUCAUCAAAUUAAAUAUGUAUGUUUAUUAUUAAAAGUCAAACCAUCAUGAUGAAAAAAUAAAUGUUUAGCGACAGGCGGUCUGAAGUACAAAUUUCUGUGGCCAAAUUUAUAAAAUCUGAUUGGUUCAGACUUUAACGAAAUUAUUACUAAUAUUUUAUAAAAUCAUAAAUAAUUAGUGUAUUUUCAUAUAUUUUAUUCAGGGUUACUACAAAGUUUUGGGAAAGGGUAAUCUUCCCAAACAACCAGUCAUCGUAAAAGCAAAAUUCUUUUCCAAAAAAGCUGAACAGAAGAUUAAGAGAGUAGGUGGCGCCUGUUUACUUCAAGCUUAA